AUGGAGGUCGAUCACGACUUGGUCGUCGUGGACGAGUUUGAUGCGCUGUUUGUUCCCUUUAAACCCGCCUCGCCCGGAGCACUCCAGGCAGCUCGGGAGAAGAGCCCUCCCUCUCUGUCAGACAAGGACAGGCUCAGGAUAAAGAAGCAGCACGAUGGCGCGUGGCUGAUCGACAAGGAGAAGCUCGGAAAGUAUCCAGCCAAGGCACACGCCCAGAAAGUAGCAAAGGAGCUCGGCGUGCAGAGCGGCCUCAUUUUUCUUCCCGGCCAGGAUGAGAAGCUGUAUGAGGAGUCCGAUGAAGGCCCCGAGUUUCGUCAACGUCGACACUUUUUCUACCUCUCCGGGGCCGGUUUCCCUGAAUGCUCCCUCACCUAUGACAUCGCCCGUGACCAUCUCAUCCUCUGGAUCCCUCAUUGGGAGCCGAGGUAUAUUCUGUACAAUGGCAGCCCGCCGAGCAUCGACGACUGCAAGGCCGAGUCUGAUGUCGACGAUGUACGCAUCGCCAGUGGCCUCGACAAGUUUCUGUACAUGAACCUAGCGCCAGGGAGUACUCUGUUUGUCUUGAACCCCGACCAGACCCCUAAGCUCGGCUCUACUAAGGGCGUCGUGAACAUCGACACUGUGAAGUUAAAACCUGCCAUUGAAGCCGCCCGCGUUAUCAAGGACGACUACGAGGUUGCCAUGAUACGGCGUGCAAACUCCGUAUCGAGUACUGCACACAGGGCGGUACUGUCGCGUAUCAAGAAGCUCUCCAACGAGCGCGAAAUAGAGAUCAUCUUCCGUAGCCUCUGCAUCGCCCAGGGCGCCAAGCGCCAGGCUUAUGGCAUCAUCGCCGGCAGUGGCGUCAACGCGAGCACAUUGCACUACAACGCCAACAACUCACAGCUGGACGGGCGGCAGGUUGUCGUGCUUGACGCCGGCGCCGAGUGGAAUUGCUACGCCUCGGACAUCACGCGCACAUUCCCCAUAUCGGGCACCUGGAGCCCCGAGGCCGCCGCGAUCCACUCGAUUGUUGAGCGCAUGCAGAACGAGUGCAUCCAGCGCAUCAGGCCCGGCGUGGUUUAUUACACGCUGCACCUGCACGCCUGCAUCGUCGCCGUUACCGAACUGCUGCGCCUCGGCAUCCUCUGCGGCGGCACCGCCGCCGAUAUCUUCAACAGGGGUACCGUCGCCGCCUUCUUCCCCCACGGCCUCGGCCAUCAUGUCGGUCUUGAGGUUCACGACGUCGCGGGCCCCGAGAAGCUGCUGAUAAGCUCAGGUACGAGAGCCUCGUGGGAGAGACGGCGCGCGUCGAAGCGGGAGUGUGUGAGCCCCGAGAUGCUAGCGCUCAUGUGCCGCGACGCUGUCAACAUACCUUCCGCAUGUAGCGGCCGCCAGAAGCUGGCCAAGAACAUGGUUGUCACCAUUGAGCCGGGCAUCUACUUUUGCCGCGAAUACAUCGAGUCCGUCUUCCUCACCAACCCCCUUCACUCCAGGUUCAUCAAUACCAAGGUCCUCGAUCGCUACUAUCCCGUCGGUGGCGUGCGCAUCGAGGACUGCAUCCUCGUCACCAACGACGGCUACGAGAAUCUCACCUCCGCCCCCAAGGGCGACGAUAUGCUCCGCGUUAUCAACUCUGGCUCCGCUGCUGCGUGA